AUGGAGACAGGCGAGAAAUCAUCGAGAAAUUGGAGUGAGGAUGAGUCGUUGAAAAUGGCCAUUGCUGUGGCGCUUCUCCGAUCAAAGCUCCAAAACAAUAACCUGCCCCCGCCCCCGUCCCCGCCGCCACCGUCAUCUGCUCCUCUAUCUGACGUUCUUAAAUGGAAACGAAAGGCGAAAGAGCGCAAGCUAGAAAUUACCAGACUUAAAGAAGACCUCAAAAUCGCCGAAGACAGUAUGCAGCAGGACAUAUUUCCGCAAGGUGCAUUGUGCAAAUGCUACUUCUUUGAUAAUUUGGGCCAGUUCCGUCCUAUAUCUGGAGAUGAUUGUGAUCAGAGAUUCAGUGAUGUCCUAUACCGUCGAUUUCUCAGACAAGUUCGAAUAAAUGAUAGAAAAAGAAGAAUACCUGAUGCCUCAAAAGGAAGAGAAUGCUUGUCAGAGUAUAAUAAUGAAAAUGAAGUGGAGAAACUAAGGGCUUCAGUUGAUUUUCUAGUGGAGAUAUGUGACUCUGUUUCUACAGCCAGAUUGGAUGAGGCUAAAUUUAAAAGCUGUUCUCACCAAGCUGUGGACUUUAUUCUUGAUACACUAAAGACCACAUCAGGAGUGGGCGAUAAUUACACAGUUGAAAGUGUUCUAAGCAGCUUAAUUAUGCGCCUAUUGAGAAGGAUGUGCAAUGCAACACAAGGAGAUGGUAAAUAUAUGAGCGACACUGAUGUAAGGUUCUACAUUCAGCAUUUAAUGCGGAAACUUGGAAGCAACUCCUACACUGGGCAGCGUAUAAUCCUUUCUGUUUCUCAGAGAAUUUCUUUAGUUGCAGAAGGUUUGCUCUUUAUGGAUCCAUUUGAUGGUGCCUUUCCAAAUGCGAACCACUCUAUCUACCUGAUGAUCCAGCUUAUUGAGUUUCUGGUGUCAGAUUACCUACUAAGCUGGUCAAUCAGUGAAGAGUUUGACACAAGGGUUUUGGAAGAAUGGGUAGUGUCAGUUGUGCAUGCACGGAAGGCAUUAGAAGUGUUGGAAUGCAGGAGUGGGCUUUAUGUGGUGUACAUGGAUCGUGUGGUGGGGCUUGUGGCUAAACAGGUUGGUCAGUUUUCAUUUCUUCAGAAGCUGAACCCACAAAUUCUUGCAAAUCUCUUUAGCUGAUUGAUGAC